UAGAUGUAGUAGUCCAUGCCUUGACAGCACAUGUUGGUCGGGAAAUCCGUCUGCUUUAAAUGGUUGCAGACCUUGCAUUUUCGAUUCGAAACAAAAUUCACCCUUAGCUAAGAAGCUAAGUAUGAAGAAAUUAUCGACCCAAAAAAUUAGGAAGAAUUUGCGUUCAGUCGCAUCUAAAAACCACCAAAACGAUUUGUCAAAUUCGUCAGAUAUCUCGAUUAAAAAAAUUUCAUCCCCAGGUCAUUUGCUGUCAGCAAAGAGUGUGUAUGACUCAUCCAAAAAAGGCUUGGUCAGACCAUCUGUGAAUAAGUCAAAACUAAAAAAAAGAAAUGCAAAAAAAAGAGCAACAUUUGUUACGCUGGAUAAAAAAUAUGAAAAUGAAUCAAAUUCUAAAAGCAAUCCUGGUUUAAACCAACCAUUAUCAGUGUCUGACAAUAAUGUCUUAAAUUUGGAUUCAAAUGAAGAAAGUGACUGUAAUGAAGUUAAUAUCUUACAAACUUCUCUGAUGGAAGGUAACUUUAAUCUGAUACAGAAAGAAGAGCAGAAAAAUUUAUUCUCUGUAGAUGAAGAAGCAAAUUCACUUCAAGCAAUCUAUCAAACUUUGGAUACAUUUGACUUCAUUCUCAUCAAUUCAAAGGAAGCUCUUGCAUUCAUCCCUUUUCAAACAUGUUUCUACUUCAAAGGACGCCUAAGUUUGACGUGUCUAAGUGGGGUUGCUGAAAUGCUAGGUUUCAGAAUUGAACAAAAUGCAAGUAAAACUUACCAUGUCUUUUCGCCUCGAGGAUAUAGUCUGCAAUGCAUUCGAGCGGUCGGCCAAAGCAAGACAACGUUCAAUGCAUCCCGCGUUAGUGCUCUCUUGAAAUCUGCCGGGUUGGCAUGUGAAGAACAUUUUCUAAAGGAAAAAAGUACUGAAAAUGUCCUCCUUAUUUUGCGUUCCCUAAAUUGCGGAAUGGUUGACUACAUGAGUCGCAAGUUUCCUAUAAACAUUCUAAAGAAAGAGGAGUGUGUUCCUCCAGAAUCCAGUUACUGGGGAAAUGAAAAUCGCAAACUGUUCAGCCAACUUUGCAACCAACUUGACACCAGCAUAAUUUUGCGCGGAAGCAUUUUCAAUGCCCGGUUUUAUUUACAGCCGGAUGUAUGGGCAGAAUACGCCCAAGAAUUAAUUGAGAAUUUUCACAAGAUUGAACCUGUAAGGGUCAUGGUGGUUGGUGGCAAAGGAGUGGGAAAAUCAACUCUGCUUCGCUUUCUGGUCAACCAGCUCAUCCAAGAAUGUGGCAGAGUCCUGGUGGUGGACUUUGACCCUGGCCAACCUGAGCUAUUUCCUGCUGGUUGUGUAUCAGCCUCUCUCGUUUUAGAGCCUUUACUUGGCCCGAACUUCACACAUUUGCAACAGCCACUCUACUCAUAUUUUGUAGGAAACGCAGAUAUUAUAGGCUGCCCAGAACGUUACGUUAGAUCAUGCCGACAACUUCUCAACGACUGCAAGAUUGAAUUCUCUUUGUCGAAUGUCCCAACAAUUAUUAACACAAUGGGAUUUACCAGCGGCAUUGGCUUGGACGUCACUUUAGACUUGAUUCGUCUUGCCCAACCACGCCAACUUCUUCAAAUCAGCAGCCGCUCACCUCGUCGCAAUUUCGUGGCUAUGUUCGAGUAUGAUUAUGUUACCCAACAUCCGCGUGGUUGGCUAACUGACAAUGCAGAAUCGGCUGAAAAGUUGCCCUAUUACGAAAUGCAAGCUAUCUAUUCAUCAGCUGAACUCUCCGAGAAAAGCUUAGAAGAAUGGGGUUUUCGACCAUCAGAGUUACGUCAAAUUGGACUGAUGUCGUAUUUCAGCCAAAUGUCCAGUGGCUCUCAAUGGUCGUUGAUGGAAACUGUGCCCUAUUGUAUCUCGUGGCAAGACUUGGCCGUUUGUAUUUGUCAUGAGUCAGUUCCACCAACGUUGACCAUGGCGGCUCUUAAUGCUUCCCUUGUAGCCCUUUGUAUCUUGGAUAACGAAACGGCCGCUUCAGUUCCCUAUUAUCAGGCUACCGUCGGCCAGUACCCCAAAAUUCUGCGAGAACUGCCCUUGAUGCCUUGCGUCGGCUACGGGAUCAUACGAGGGAUUGAUAUGGCGAAAGGCUACAUCUACUUGGUCAGUCCGGAGCCAGCGGAGCGGCUUACCCAAGUAAAUUGCCUAGUGAUGGGAGGAAUCCAAAUCCCGGAUAGCUUAUUGCUCGAUGCUCCAUCAUCACUUAACCCGGAUCAAGAAAGUGCCACAAAAAUGCGUGCCCCCUAUGGUACUUACGGUCCUUCAACUUCCCAGCCUGCCUGUCGUCCGUAUCGCAAAUAUAACCCCGUCUUCACGCUGCGCAACAUUGUGUAAGCCUUUUGACUUUGGUUCCCGCCAAGGUGUGUAUAAUGUUUUCACUUUGAUACACUUGGAUGGCUUUGUAA